CUCAACGUUUAUCCAUUACUUAUAGCGAACCGCCAUUUCAUUGUUUUCAUCCAUGGGGUUGUCUUCGUUUCCUAUUUUUCCCUCUCCAACGAUUCGAUUAGCACCAAAAUACAAUUCCAUUGCAAUUCUGCUCAUCGAUUCCUAAACAUGAGCAGGCACCCUACCUUAAGAUGGGCACAAACAUCAGAUAGGCUAUUCAUAACAAUUGACUUGCCAGAUGCUCAGGAUGUGAAGCUUAAGUUAGACCCUGAAGGGAAAUUUUGCUUUUCUGCCGUUAGUGGAACAGAGAAGAUUCCAUAUGAAGUUGAUAUUGAUCUAUAUGAUAAAGUUGACAUAAAUGAGAGCAAGGCUAGUAUUGGCAUGAGAAACAUCCUGUAUUUGAUAGAAAAAGCUGAAAAGAAGUGGUGGAGUAGAUUGUUGAAGCAAGAGGGGAAACCUCCUGUGUUUGUGAAAAUUGAUUGGGACAAAUGGAUCGAUGAAGAUGAGGAAAAAGGAGAUAAUUCUGGAAAUGAUAUGGACUUUAGCAGCUUGGACUUUUCGAAACUUGGUCUUGAUCCUGGUGGAGGCAUGGGUGCUGAUGCAUUUGGAGAGGAUGAUGAAGAUGACAAUGACAUCGACGAUGAGGGUGAAAAUAAAGAAGGGGAAAAAGUUGAUCAAACACCUCUUGCAGGGCCUAUUAAUGAGUCUGGUUCUUCAAGCAAAGAACCUGAUGCUAAAGCUUAAGCUCAAGCUCAUAACGACUUAGUUCAAGGUAAAAGGAUUGGAUAUGGCAUAACAUAGCUGAGACUUUGGAUUGUUCAUAUUAUCUUUGCAUUUAGUUUUAAUUUUUAAGAAAUUUUUCAUUCGGAAGAGUAUGUUUUAGUUUUAGGAUUGUUGCAUACUGUACUUUAUUACUUGAUGAUGAUGUGUGAUAUUACUAAGUCUUGUUAUUUAGCACUUCGUUUUUCCA